AUGGCACGAAAAAACGUGAAGGGAGGGACUGGUCUGAGCGGAACUGAAAGACGGAAACAGGAGAUUUGGGGCCGAGUAUCGCCGAUAAAGCGGGACACCUUGAUAGUGCUGGCUGGCGCUCAAUACGGGAUGUGUCUAUGCGGAAAGCCUGGUCUCAUCUCCUGUCCGGGGCCUGGCAAUGUUGUGAAUGGCUUUGCGGCCUCACAAACGUGUGGAAACGGGAAAGCGUGGGUGACAUGCGAGGCGGCGAAGGAGGGAGAAUGCAGGAAUGUGAAUUACGGCGAAUUCUCAAAUCGGGAUCAAUCAAGACACGAGAUGAUCAAGUUCUCGGAAAUGACAAUCUCGUUUGGGGAAAGAAAACCUCAUUCGUGCCUGGAUCAAAAGCCAAAGCCUACACCGGCUUGGAUCAUUUCAAUAUCAAGACGGGCGCUUCAGAAGACA